AUGGAGAACCCACCGCCUUUAGAGACGGUGCAUCAGGCUCUACAGGCCUUAUACAAUAACCCUGACGUUGGAGGCAAAGAAAAAGCAUCUGUAUGGCUAGGGGAACUUCAAAGAUCAGUAUUUGCUUGGCAAGUAGCUGACCAGCUGUUGACUGUGAACAGAGAUCUGGAAUCUUGUUACUUUGCAGCUCAAACUAUGAGAACAAAAAUCCAAUGUUUCUUCCAUGAACUUCCUGCUUCAUCACACACUUGUUUAAGAGACUCCCUUCUGAAUCAUGCCAGUAAGAUAACUCCUGAAACACCUCCUGUGAUAGUCACACAAUUGUCACUGGCUGUGGCUGAUCUUGCUUUACAAAUGGGGACCUGGAAAAGAGCUGUAGUUGAUCUUAUUGAAAGAUAUGGUUCCAAUUCACAGCAGUUACCAUUCUUACUCGAAGUCCUUACUGUAUUGCCAGAAGAGAUUGGCAGCAAAGCUUUACGUUUAGGUGCUAAUAGAAGGUUGGAGGUAUCAGGAGACUUAUUCAAAACUUCUCCAGUAGUUGUACAACUUCUAACUGCCUGUAUUGAAAAUAACCAGUUUGAUAGUCGACUGCAGAUGAAAAUAUUUCGUUGCUUAGGGAGUUGGUUCAAUAUCAAUGCUAUUUCGCAGGAUGAUAUUGUCAACUCCAAAGUCCUUCACGCUGCGUUUCAUGUUUUGUCAGUAAAAGAUUGUCCUUCCAAUCUCCAUGAAGCUGCUUCAGACUGUAUAUGUUCUGCUUUGUGCAGUGUAGAGGAAUUAGGAAAGAAUCUUGAGCUUGCAGAAGCAUUAUUUCGUGGCGUGUUAACUCUGCAGGAGGCUUAUCAUAUAUCUGUGGCACAAGAAGAUACAGAUAAAACCAUCAACUACUGUAGGAUUUUUGCAGAAAUGGCAGAAUCAUUUUUACCAGCUAUAAUUUCUACCCCAACUCAGGGACUAGGAGAUUUCACUUCCUUGGACCUUCUUUUAAUUUGUGCAGGGCACCAUUUAUAUGAGGUGGCUGAAAUAACUUUUAGCUUUUGGUAUCGAUUAUCAGAAGAACUUUACCACAAGAAUGAUGAGCAAAUCAAUGAAAUAUUCCGUCCCUAUAUUCAAAGAUUGAUUGUGGCUCUGUGUCGCCAUUGCCAACUUGAACCAGACCAUGAAGGUGUUCCAGAUGAAAGUUCAGAUUUUGGAGAAUUCAGAGCAAGAGUUUCCGAACUAACAAAAGACAUUAUAUUUAUUGUUGGAUCUUCUACCUGUUUCAACCAGAUGUUUGAAACUCUUCAAGCUCAAACUGUGAGCACAUCUUGGGAUAUAUGUGAAGCUGCACUCUUUCUCAUGACUGCUGUUGCAAAAAACAUUGUAUCCGAAGAAAACAAUGUUCCACAAGUAAUUGAAGCAAUGCUAUCUCUCCCCGCUGAUGCCCACGUAGCUGUCAAAUACACUGGGAUUCAGCUCAUUGGAGAGUUAUGUGAAUGGAUUGAAAAACGGCCACAUCUGCUUGAUCCUGUUCUCCAAUUCCUUUUGGCUGGGCUUCAGCAACCUGCUUUGGCAUCUGUAUCUGCUACAGCUCUUCAGAGCAUUUGUACAAGCUGUCGAUCACAAAUGAAAGAACAUUUUGAUGGACUUCUUCAAAUUGCACAGGCUAUGGACUCUUUCAAUUUGUCUAAUGAUGCUGCUAUUGGGCUGCUUAAAGGCACUGCAACUAUUUUGACACAGUUACCCUAUGAAAAUGUUGGUGGAGGUUUGAAACAGUUGUGCUCAUUUCAACUUGAUCCCCUCAAUAAGCUUUUGGCAGAAGGUGAACCAACUGUGAAACAAGGAAGUAAGCAUGAUCCAACUUUGUGGCUUGAUCGUUUAGCUGCAAUAUUCAGGCACUUGAACCCUUCAGUUCCUAAUGGCCAGCCACAUCCCUGUCAAAAUGUUAUCCAAGAAGUAUUUCCAGUGCUGUCUCAUGCAUGUGAAAAGUACCAGUCAGACGUGCGCAUUGUUGAGCGGUGUUGUCGCUGUAUCAGAUUUGCUAUUCGUUGUCUGGGCAAAAAUUCAGCUUCUGUUUUGCAACCAUUAGUCAGUCAGAUGGUAAACCUGUAUCAGGUGCACCAGCAUUCCUGUUUUCUUUACCUAGGAAGUAUUUUAGUUGAUGAAUAUGGAACUGAUGCAAGUUGUGUUCCUGGUUUAUUAAAUAUGUUACAGGCAUUUUGCACACCUGCUUUUAAACAACUGGAAGAACAUAAUGGGUUGAGAAAUCACCCAGACACUGUGGAUGACUUGUUCCGAUUGUGUUUACGAUUUGUACAGCGGGCACCAGUAGCAUUUUUACAAUGCCAGAUGUCCAAACCAAUUCUUUGCUGUGCAAUUGCUGCCUGUUCACUUGAUCAUCGUGAUGCAAAUGCUUCUGUUAUGAAGUUUUUAGGAGAUUUGAUCAAUUGUGCCACUGCCCAAGAACACAAAGAUGAUUUUGAAACAAGACGUUCAUUAAUUGAAGACCUGCUCCGUGACCAUGGUCAGACAUUGGUGCAUUCCCUGUUGAACACGGCACUUUUUUGUUUGCCUACCUACAUGGUAUCUGAUGUGGCUGAUGUCAUCUAUGAACUGAUGUUAUUAGAUAGGCCUACUUUUUGUCAAUGGUUGGAGACUACCUUGAAAGCCUUGCCCACUGAGAGCAGUGGAGGAACUAUUACUGCAACUCAUACACAACUUACAGAUUUCCAUAAAGCAGUCACAAGUGCUGAAAAUGUUAAACAUGUGUGCAAUGCAUUGAAAGACUUUGCUCGACUCUUCCGUACAACUUACCACCGACAAUUUCCACUGCAAUCCCCUUUCUCUCUCUCUCUCUCUCUCUCUCUCUCUCUCUAUGUGGGCUUGAAAAAACUCUUUUGCUAUAUCUACAAGAUAUUCAAGUUAUGCCCACAGGCUUUACUUAUUUUACAUUAUUUGCUGAAUUCUUUUAUUUUCUUCUAG